AUGUCGCAGAGCCUCUCUGAGGGCGAAAAUGCCAUGGUUGGCAUUGCGGCAGGCAUUGCAGACAUCUCCUGCAUUCAGUGGGCAUACUACUUGAAGAAUGCGAGGCAGCAAAGUCUGCCGCUGAGCUUCAACCCUCGGGUCCUGUACCGGGGCUACACCGCGAACUGCGCCAACGUGGCGGCGGGCACCAGCUUCCAAUUCGCCAUGGCCGGGGCCCUCAACAAGUUGGUCCUGCAGGGCGAGCGCCGGGAGCUCAGGGAUGCGGAGAAGGUGGGCACAGGCUUCCUAGCAGGCUUCAGCUCGGGCAUUGUCGCCGCGCCCAUGGAGCUGGUUAUGACUCAGCAGCAGAACAAGGGAGGAUCCAUCCUUCGCAACGUGAAAACGCUGCUAGGCCAUCCUCCGACCACGCUCUUCAGAGGCUUCUUUCCCACCUGCAUGCGAGAGGGUCUCUUCACAGCCUCCUACCUGGGUGUGGCCCCUGUGCUGCGUGCCAAGCUGGCCACCGCCUUCCCGGGAACCAACGAGGAGGUUCAUCGGAUCCUGGCUGCCACUGCGGGCGCAGCUUGCUCGGGGAUUUUGUCACAUCCGUUUGACACUGCCAAGACCUGCAUGCAGGGGGACAUCGAGCGGUCCAAGUUCGGCAGCUUCGGGCAGACCUGCAGAGAGCUGUCCAAGUCAGGGGGCGCGGCCUUCUACCGGGGCCUGGAGUUCCGUUUCCUGCGGCAGGUCUGGCAGGUCUGGGUGCUGGACCUGCUGCGCGUGAAGCUUUCCCCCAUGAUGUUUCCGUACAGGUUCAGGGCGGAAGCCAAUCUGCCGCGGCAGGAGCUUGCCAUGGCAUAA